AUGCCUGUCCCUCAGUCUGCUAUCCCCGACAACUACCGCGAGAUCCUCCAGUCACGGGACGAGAAGAUCCGCCAGGACUGGAUCGGCGUCAUGGAGACUCGCAUCGUCCGCGAGGAGUUGGCAAAGUGCUGGCGAACUGAGGGCGUCAACGCUUACGAGCAGUGCCACCACUUGACGGAGCGAUACCUCGACAUGCUGCGGACAAACCGGCUCGAGGGCUACACUAAGCUGGAUUUCAAGUCAUGA